CUUUGUUGAGUAUUUUUAUUUUGAAACAAAACAAGAAUUUUGUUUUUUGUUUGUAUAUUGUGUUAAUUGGAGAAAUUUCAAAAAAAUUUAAUAACAAAGAAUAGUCGUAAUAGAAUAGGUCUAGAAAUAAAGUUCAUUGAUACAGAUAUUAAAAAUGAAACAAGACUUAAGAAAUGAAUUGUUUUCUAAGCAAAUGAGAUUGGUAACACGAGACAUUCACAAAAUAAGUGAUCAUUUGGUCAAUGCAAAAUUAGCAUUUGCUUUGUCUGACGAUGCCGUUUGGGCUGAAGGAUUAUUAAUUUUUUAUGAAAUUUUUAAGUUUCUUGAAAUCAAUGCACCACCAGACAUCCUUCCCCCUGUAUUUCAUAGAACAAAAGCAUUUGAAAGUGAUCUAAAUUAUUAUUUAGGUAGGGAAUGGAAAAAUUCAUAUAGUAUUCGAAAGGAAGUUCAAGAAUAUUUAGAUCAUUUAGAAAAGAUUUAUAGAGAAAACCCAUUAAAUUUAAUUGCUUAUGUUUAUCAUUUGUACAUGGGUUUAUUAUCAGGUGGUCAAAUAUUACAAAAAAAAAGAUUAUUACAUAAAAAUAUAUGUAUGAAUUAUAAAGAAAUGGAUAAUGAUAAUGGAUUUGCAGUUACGAAUUUUCAUAAUAUAAGUAGCCUUAAAAAUUUGCUAAGAAAUACAAUUGAUGAGAAAGCAAAAACACUCGAUGACAACAUGAAAGAAAAUUUAUUAGAAGAAAGCAGAAAAGUAUUCGAAUUAAAUAAUAAAAUUGUUCGAACAGUUAAAGGAGUUAAUCAAGUUGGAUUAAAAAAAGUUAUCGUUUUGGUAGGUUUUAUUUUAAUAUGUAUUUUUAUUUAUAAAUCAGUUUUUACUCAUAAUUAAAUUAUUUUAAAAAUAUAUAAGAAAGUUGUGAAAAUAAAUGUAAGGUUUA